UUUCGUUUUAGCAGUAGUGGAAGUGUAAUCUACAGUCGACAGAUCCCAAAUGAGAGGAACCAUUGGCAGGACCUUCUCUAACCCUACCAAUCACUACCUUACAUCUCUUACCAAACGCACCUCUUUUCUCUUCCAAUCCUCCUCCCCUUUCUCCGCUUCCUCCAGCUCCGGUGACGGCCGUGGCAGAGGCCGCGGCCGUGGGGGCGCCUCCCCUUCUGGUACGUUCGGUGGUUUCACUCCAGCCCUUGGAAAACCUGAUUCAGAGGACACGAAGCGUGACUCGGCUGAAUCACAAGCUGUUGGAUUAGGCCAUGGCCGUGGAAGAGGAAUACCCUUUUCGUCUGAACCUAUUAUCCCUUCUUUCUCUUCUUUUGUUUCCCAAAAUGGGUCUGGUCGAGGCCGAGUCACCAAUGAGUCAGUUCGGCAGACACCUCCGCCUCCGCCGCCUCCGAGGGAAGCAAAGCAGCCGAUCUUUGUUAUGAAACAGGAUGAGAUUGAAACUGAUUCGUCUGCCAAGCUACCUGCUGAGUCGGUUCAGUCGAGUGAGCGAACUUUUUCACCUAGCACACCCUCAGUCGCGUCAUUAUCGGGUGCUGGGCGGGGCAAGCCCGUGAAACAACCAGAGCCUGUCUUGCAGACCAAGGAAGAAAAUAGGCAUAUCAGGCUGAAGCAGAAGCAGCAGCAGCAGCAGCAACAACAACAACAGCCUCCUUCGCCCCGGUUGAGUAAGGAAGAAGCAGUAAAGAAAGCAAUGUGCAUUCUUUCAAGGAAAAGUGGAAGUGAUGAAAGGGAGGAUAUGGGUAGGAGUGGAGGUAGAGGAAGAGGUAGGGGUAGAGGUAGAGGUGCGCAAAUGGGUAGGGGAAGAGGAAGAAGGGAGGGAGAAGACACAAGGGAAGAGGAGGAAGCUGUUAAAGAGCUUAGAGAUGAACUUUACUUAGGGAACAAUGCGGAUGGGGAGAGGUUGGCCGAAACUAUUGGAGCUGACAGUAUGAAUAAGUUGGUUGAAGGGUUUGAAGAGAUGAGCAGUAGAGUUUUGCCUUCUCCUAUGGAUGAUGCCUACUUGGAAGCUUUGCAUACCAACUUUAUGAUAGAGUUCGAACCUGAAUAUCUGAUGGAAGAGUUUGGGACUAACCCAGAUAUUGAUGAGAAACCACCUAUGUCUCUUAGAGAUGCACUUGAGAAGGUGAAGCCUUUCCUCAUGUCAUAUGAAGGAAUUGAAAAUCAAGAGGAGUGGGAGGAAGCCAUCAAGGAAACAAUGGAUAAGGUGCCUCUACUGCAAGAGAUCAUUGAUUACUACAGCGGACCUGAUAGAGUAACUGCAAAGAAACAGCAAGAGGAGUUAGAAAGAGUUGCAAAAACUAUUCCCAAAAGUGCACCUGCUUCUGUGAAGCAGUUUGCAAAUCGUGCAGUUCUUACUCUUCAGAGCAACCCUGGUUGGGGAUUUGACAAAAAAUGCCAGUUCAUGGAUAAGCUUGUAUGGGAGGUCUCUCAACAAUACAAAUAAAGGUAGAAGGCUUUGGUUUAUUUAGUGAAGAUGAUACUAAGUAAUUAUUGCCUCAUGCCAUUGAAUUAAGUUGACUACAUUUUUUUUUUGAGGGAGGAGGGGGUGGGGGAUGUAUGAACAUAAUUUUGGUGAAGAGAGAUUUUGCUUAUAUAUUUGAUCCUGCUGGAAAAUGAACUAUUGUAAUAGAUUUAUAUGCUAGUUAAAUUUUAAGCAUUGGUCAAUAAGCAUUUCUUUGAGAGAGCAAAAUGCUGAAGUUUUUGUUGUGUUUAACUGGAAAUUGCAAUAUUUGCUACUUGUGCUGUGAUGAAUUGCUGCUAUUUCUGUCC